GUUUCCAAGAUGGUGGGCCAAGUACGCAUGCGCAAUAUGCGUCGCUCGGAUGGCAGAUAUAGUGACACAGGAGUCGUGAGAAGUUAGAGUGCCGGAUGCAAGGGGGCAGGCCGCUAGUGGAAGUGGUCCGCCUGGGCCUGCUCACAUACCAGGAAGCAUUGCAGCUCCAGCAGGUCUAUGUCAGGCGGCACCAGGCUGGUCCGGCUCACGCUUUGCUGCUGUGUCAGCACCCGCCUGUCUACACCACAGGCAUCCGCCAGAAACCCUACCCGCCCUCUUCGCUGGACCACCUGCGUCUGCUGGGAGCCCAAGUCCACAAGGCUGACCGAGGAGGACUCAUCACGUUCCAUGGCCCAGGGCAGCUGGUCUGCUACCCGGUCCUGAACCUGGGCUCCUUCAAGAAGAGUGUCCGCUGGUAUGUGUCACGACUGGAGGAGACCGUCAUUUCGGCUUGUAGGAGAUUCCACUUGGAGGCGUCCACGUCUCCUCACACUGGCGUUUGGGUGGGAGACAAAAAGAUUUGUGCCAUCGGCAUCCGCUGCUCCCGCUACGUCACGUCGCACGGCUUGGCUCUCAACUGCAACACAGAGUUGUCGUGGUUCCAGCACAUCGUGCCAUGCGGCCUGGAGGGCAAGGGCGUGACCUCGCUCAGCGCCGAGCUGCACAGAAACAUCAGUGUGGAUGACGCCGUCCCACACCUGCUGGACGCUUUUGCAGACAACUUCCGCUGUCACCUGGUGGACGCCCAUGGCUCGGUGAAGAAUGAAUGAGUUCAUGAAUGAAUGAAUUUUAAUAAUAAGUACAGUGCUCUUAUCAAUGUUAAUAAAGCUCAAAGGAAAGUAGAAGUCAGCUUUUGUCUUUCUUAGGACAAAAGCUUGCAAUUGUUGGACAACUACUGUAUUAGUGUGUGCAAUUGUUAUGUACCUGCCAAUAUCUUAUCAAUGGCAUUUGGUGCUGCAUCCCUCUGAAGAGAAGUCAUGUGUCCAUCCCUUCACAUCGAAAGACUGGAGAAGUUUCUAUGAGGGUUGGGUGAUAUUGCAAAUUUUGGUUUUGAUCCAAUACCAAGUCAAU